AAAUCUUAUUACUCCUUGACCGAGACUGUCCAAGAUGUCGUGCGUGAAAGUUAUAUUCGCUCUAUGUUUCGUGGAAGUUUUCGGCGUACUUUUCAUGAUUGGAAUCCAACAAAUUGGAUACAAUUUAGACCUAUUUGAUGCACGAGCGGAACUGUCCAUAUUUGACCUGAAAGAUUACCAGAGACCUCUUGAUGGCAGUUCCAGUCCUGUACGCAUAUCUAACAACAAUGCUUUGUUAAGGAACAAAGCAUAUGCACCAAAGAACACUACUUUAACCAAUCAUGUUUAUGAAGAAAAAACAAAAAAUCAAACUUCGUUUAGAUGUCCGGAGGAAAACUUGGAUAACUGGAAUUUUAAUUGUAAAGUACUAUGCGCAGAUAUGCCGGAAAAAACAAAUUUUUCCGAGCAUGCUCAACCUCGUAUCAAUUGCCAGACGAUGCAGCCUGUUAUGGAACUUGAAAAUGUGACGGGAAUGGAACCAGUUCAGGUUUUUUCAGAAAAUUCCGAAUGCCUCCAGACAUUUGUAAUGGAAAAUUGUCAUGAUAAAGAACUGGUCCCCAACUUGGUUCACUACAUUUGGUUUUCUAAACGAGAAAUGAAUUUUUAUCAUUUUCUUAGCUUUCUUAGUGCCAGUAGAUUUUUAGACCCGUGUCUUAUUUUGGUACAUGGAGACCAUCUUCCAUUCGGAACAUACUGGGAAUAUCUAUUGACGUUGGUGCCAAAUAUAAUGCAUGUUCAAAAAAGUCCACCGGAAGAUAUAUUCGGAAAACCCUUUGGUUUUAUUGAACACAAAGCUGAUAUCGCUAGAAUACAGGCUUUACAGAGGUUUGGAGGAAUUUACAUUGACACAGAUGAGAUUAUACUAAGAUCUCUGGAUCCUCUACGGAAAUAUCCAGUUACUUUGAGUCGUGCAGUUGAUUAUAAUCUCAGUAAUGGUCUAAUUCUUGCAGAGAGAAACGCAACUUUCCUAAACAUUUGGUAUUCCAAAUACAAAACGUACGACAAAAGUCAGUGGGGAUAUCAUUCCACAAUUGUGCCGUUUCUGUUAUCCAAAAAGUACCCGGAUUUAAUUCAUGUUGAAAAUAAAACGUUUGUAAGACCUAGUUGGCAACAGCUUCCGCUGCUGUUUGAGAAGAACUUUGAUUGGUCGAAAAACUAUGGUAUACAUUUAUAUAUUCGAUUUUAUAAAUUUACUCAUGAUUUUAACGAUAUCAAAUAUCUGAAUACAACAAUGGGGUCAGUAGGCAGACAUGUUUUGUAUGGAAGUAAAGAACUCUGUGAAAAAUAA